AUGGGCUUGAACGACUACAUACCCCAUCUCCCACUCAAAUUCUGGGAACGUAUACGAUUUCCGAACAAGUUCACCCGAGAUCUCGCCUGGGGACUAAUAAUUGGCGUGACAUUCUCUUUAUCCUCGACAUCUUUUGCUUUACUGUUUCAGGAUUGGAGACGAAAGAGAGCUAUAGCUAGGAUACCUCCAAGGCCUAUAGAGAUCAGGAGUGACGAAAUAGUCAAUGGAGUCAUCGGAUUGAUCGGUAAUACACCGUUGAUAAGGAUAAAUUCAUUGAGUGAUGCUCUGGGGGUGGAGAUACUGUACCUCAAUCCAGGAGGCUCGGUGAAAGACAGAGUUGCACUGAAAAUAAUCGAAGAUGCGGAAGCGCAGGGGUUAUUGCAUCCCAAUACGGGCUCAGUGCUGUUCGAGGGUACAGUGGGUAGUACAGGUAUAUCUUUAGCAACUGUUGGCAGAGCAAAAGGGUAUGAAUGUUGUAUCAUCAUGCCUGACGAUGUGGCCAUUGAGAAAGUCCAGGUUUUAGAAAAGCUCGGUGCACAGGUAGAGAGGGUCAGACCAGCCAGUAUAGUGGAUGAGAAACAGAACCUAGCUAGGAAGAGAGCCCUAGAAUUCGGUAACACGCCAUUGAUCGAUCCACCCAAAUCAGAUCCAGAGGUAGUUGUCUCGACCAAAGCCAAUUCAUCUGAAGUAGGACACGAAGUGAAUCCAUCGGACUCCCUCGUCCCAUCAAUCAAAUUACCGGAAUUGCUCAGACCUGCACCGGAAACUAAACCUCGAGGGUUCUUCGCUGACCAAUUUGAAAAUGAAUCUAAUUUCUACGCUCAUUAUAAAGGUACUGGACCAGAAAUAUUGAGACAGACAAGUGGGAACUUGGAUGCGUUCGUCAGUGGUGCUGGAACAGGCGGGACCGUUGCUGGAACGGGAAUGUUCUUGAAGAAGGCUUUACCAGAUUUGAAGAUCGUCUUAUCUGAUCCGGAAGGAUCUGGGCUAUAUAAUAAGGUGAAAUUUAACGUGAUGUUUGAUACAAAAGAGAGAGAAGGAACCAAGAGGAGGCAUCAGGUCGAUACUGUGGUAGAAGGCAUUGGGAUCAACCGAAUCACACAAAACUUCGCACUCGGAUUGAACGUGAUUGAUGAUGCUUAUCGGAUAUCGGAUGCAGAAGCAGUCGCGAUGUCACGAUAUCUCGUAGCCCACGACGGACUAUACCUCGGCUCGUCUAGUGCAUGUAACCUUGUCGCUUGUGUUAGAUUAGCGAAGACCCUCGGUAAAGGUAGUCGUAUAGCAACGAUACUGUGCGAUUCGGGAUCCAGACAUCAGAGUAAAUUCUGGUCGGACGAAUAUCUGAAGGCGAACGACAUACCUAUAGAUCCAAGUAUAAUAGAUCGCUUGUUAGAAUCAUAA